AUGAGUGAGUAUUUGCCCAUGUCAUGCCUGUUGGGCAUCCACUUGACAAUCUUCACUCACUCUGGGCCGCAAGUGGUAUACCAUUAUCCACCGUCUGUCGUCGAUCAUCUGAAAGCUAAGCAACGUCAGAACAAAAAGGUGUCGGCGGCUGCUGAAAGUAAGAACAAUCAAAAACAUAGUGGGUUGCACGCACGAUCUCUGAGAUCAAGUCAAGUUGAAGAUAGUGGUUUCAGCCCCAAAGCGGAGCCCUCAAGCUCCGCAAACUUCCGAUCCAAGGGCCUGUUGGAUAUGAAUGAGAUUAAGCAUAGUUUAAGUUCGGGCUCUGAGUCGGAGUUAGAAUCAUCUUCAUCUGGGUUGAGCGAUAGUGAAUUAUCGACGGACUACGCUGAUUGCUCAAGCACAUCUUCAUCGGGAAGUGGGUUGUCGCUAGACGAUGAACCGAAGCCUGACGUACCAGAGUUCAGUUACUCAAACAAUGAAUCCAAUGAAUCAAGGCUUGCUGGCGGAACUUCCACAACUGUGGACAAUAGUUUCAAUUCUAAAUUUUCAAUAUUAUCGAAGCCUUUAAAGCAUAAAGGAUCCCACAUAAGUGCAAGCAGAUUACUCGAUGUUGUCAAUAACGACCAUUUUAACAGGAGGCCAUCACACGCGUCUAAAGUGUCUUCAAUUCAUGCUGGCAGUGAAGUCAUUGAGGACCUAGAAGAACAAGAUAAUUUAGAGGUUUCACAGAUGAUCGAGAAAGGUUUGAUAGAUUUUGAUGAGCAACAUUUCGCUGAAGCAAACUUUCUCUCUUUAAAUAAGGUGUUUGAUUUUGAUCCUGAAUUUGUUGCUGAAUUUUGUUCACCGGAAAGAGAGUUGUGUAAUACGAGGUUUGAAUUCACAGUCGAUGAGAUAUGCUUUUUGGGACUGCCAAUUCGUGUAGAUGCCGAUGGUCAAUGGAGGAAGUCAAGGCGACGAAAGCAAUCGAAUAGAUCUAGGAGAUCGAAUAGUACGGCUGGUCGGAAUAGUAAACGUGGGAGUUCUGUCAAAAAUUCUGAAUUCAACGAGACGAACGAUACCGCCGACAUCGAAAGUUCAGUUUUAAACCUUGAUGAAUCGACGGGUUAUGACGAAAGUGAGGUUUUGGAGUCUAAAAAACAUGAUGACCUUGAUAAGAGUAUGGAUAUGUUUCAUGUUUGCUUCGUUAUGAACCCUUCACUAGUGGUGUACAACGAGAAAGUUGAUGAUAUGUUUCGCUAUGUCGUUGCGCGGUUAUCGCUACUUUUGCGCUAUUCACAGGCCAAAUCGAACUACGUCUCUAAGCAAUGUAAUUUGAUCCUGAGAGAGAAGGAAAGAGUGCUCAGGACGUCCAAGACUUACGAGUCUAUCAGGGGAUCUGGUAAUAAGGCAAAAUACCUAUACCGUAGAAUACUAGCAAAAUCAUCAUUAGCCCGAGCACUGACGACAUGUGUUGAUAAAUUACAAAAAAACGAAAUUGCAUGCCUGGAAAUAGACGAUGACAAAGUUAUAUCAUUACAAAUACCGAUUCAAAAUGAGUUCCGAAUGCUACCGAAUUACAAGCUGAACCCAGUAUUGAAAGGUUCUUACCUGACAUCGAUAUUGAAUAGUAAGUUUUUAGGCGUAGCACCAACCAGGGAUAAUGAGGGACAUUCAACAGGAAAGCGGGAAGAAGAUGACGAUGACGACCUUUUGCACUAUGCUCUAUUGCUACUUGACGAACCGGCCAAGAUUAUCAAAGAUUUAGAAAAUUUAUCAUCCGACGACGAUAUAGGUAACAUGGUAUUAACGCAUUUGAUCAGGCGGCUGCAACCCACGGUGGCUUUAGGCACUUAUCAAAAUAUAAUCGACGAAAUGUUGGGCACGGCGAAGGAAUCUGUAACCGGUAGCCAGAAUUCUUUCCAAACGAGUAUGUUAAGAUCAUGCGCAUUGCAUCUCCUGUAUAGGCGCCACGCUCGAGUUGUCAUACCGAUAAGCUCCAAGUGCACAUAUAUCGUCUCACCAUUAGCACCAAUUGAUGGUUUUUCACACGAUAAUGACCUAGACUCAGUAGAGAAUCACAUGGAGAGACCACUAAUCUAUCAAAAUCAAGAAAUCUUCAAGAAACGGUUCCCAUCAUUGCCAUCGCUAAUUUCUUUCCUUAACCUUUUAUCGUGCAAGAAACCAAAACCAUUUGGAAGUAUCAUACCGUCAAAGGAGCACAAACCAAUCUACCUGGGUGCAUUGACAUGGCUAAUGCGGUAUGGAUACGUUACGCAACUUCUCACAUUUGUGUGUAUUCGAGUGGAUAAACAGAUCAAGAUGGCAGUAGAAGAAGAUUUGGAGAAGGAAGCUCCCAGGGCUAAGAAGGAAAAUUUAAAUCGUGAACAUGAUAAACUCGAUAAUUUCUCAAAGGAGAAAGGAGUUCAAGCUUACCGCUCUGAUCAUGAUGUGGAGAAUUUUGCAUUUGAUGAUCCGACUACGGAAAGAGACUACACGAUAAUUCUUGAACCUGAGAGGGCUAAUGCUAUUGAAAAGAGAUGGAUAUUCAAAUGUAUUCAGGAUCAACCUACAGAGCUUCAAAUCCUAUUCAACAGGAUGUUGCCGUAUUUCAACGGUAGAACACCAAUGGAACUUGUUAUCGCUAGAGAGGGAAUCUCAAGACAUGAAGUGAGGAAAGUUUUGAAUGUUUUAUCUCGUUACUUGCUUGAAUUUCAUCAUUGGUGA